GCCGCCUGUUAUUGGUUAACUAGCGUCUACUACGGACAACAUCUGUUACCGCUAUUACUGUAGUAACGAAGUAGUUCUUAUGUUCAUUCAAUACAAUGCUCUACGAACAAUUGCUGAUUCGACAGUGUGUCGGCUGGUACCAAUUAGCGGCACGUUCCUUGCGCCACUUCGGUGUAGUGGACCGGUAUAGUAGACAGUUACCAGACAGAAAAAUACUGUGAAGUGUUUGCGUUAAUGUUCUCAUAUCAAAAGCGCAUUUCCCUACUGUCUCCAACUGUCUAUAGGCGGAAAAAAACGGAAAGCAACAUUGGCCUAUAAGGGAGCAGACGAUAAAUAGAAAAAAAAAAAAGACAAAUAUCGAGCAACCGGUACCAAUAGCCACCCGCAAAUCUGUUCAUGUUACCUAGCGUCCUAUAUUACCACAGCUUCAAAGGGUGCACACGAGACGGCAGAAGGCAGCUAAUUAGUGGUGGGAGUGAAAUAGCGAUAGAAAGAGAGAAAAAAAAAGCUUGAAAGGAGAUUGCCCGCAAAAUCUAGCUAGAUAGAGUUGACACCGAAGACACGCUAGACGUUUGAGUAGAUAUUUCAGUGUUUCAGUAUAUUGAGAUUUUUCGGUAACAAUACAAAAGUAGCUAUGUCAGCGGAACACGAUAGAGGUUAAACACAUUUUUACCUACUUACUAAGCAAGCUUGUGAAUGAUAGAAAAAUAAAGGUCGAACAAGAUUGACAAAACAACGCGGUUCAGUAUACGUGGCUUCCCGUUCCAUUAGUGAUAGAUCGACCGCCAUAUCGCGGAACCAUAUCUAGGAACACGGCUGAGUAGAUCAAUUGCGAAACAAAAGCACUGAUUUAGUUGAAAGAAAGUUUUCAUCUACAAACUACUAACGCAAACGAGGCAACACAUGUGGUCUUCCUCUUUAGGCGUGUUAAUGAAUUUGUUUGUAUUCGGUUUCUAGAAAGCAACGGGUCGGGAUAUUACUUUUGGGCUGUGCGUACAAACGUGCGUCUACUUCUGUGUAAUGUUAUGUGCCUGUGCGUGCUCGUGCUUGGAGGCGGCUGAAUUCGCUGACAAGCCGUUACUAACAAUUGAACAAUGAUCGACUGCUGUUGUCCAUCUGCUCAAAUUGACUACGUAGCGAAUGAAGACGGGCUAUUGUAGGUGACGACAAUAAGAAAUAUAAGUUAACUGCUUGCUUAGUACCUCUCCGAAGGCUAUAACGACGAUAACAACGUGAAGUUUUGCUGUGGUCAGAGGAGCUUGCUACUGAUAUUAAGAAAGCAACGAGGUACGCCAUUCCUGCUAGCAACAUGUCACACCGACCGCUGACUAGCGGUCUUACGGAUGAGUUUUCCAAUUCAACAAAAUUCCGAGUGUGCUGGCGAUUUGGCGCUUGUGUUCGACAGCUGAUGAUCGUCGAAGUCCAUCAGGUUUGCACUGAGCACAGAAAUUCAUAUGAAGCUACAAAAUGGAGCUCAACGGCCACAUCGAUGAUACGAUCAUGCUUACGGCGGCUGCGUAGCGGCGCAGACACUUCCAGCCAGGUCAACCCAACCACUGCCUUCGAAAGAUGACGACUACGAAGAAGAUGAGCUAUCAACUGGAUCGGAUACAAAUUGGCUUCGAUUCAUCCUGGGACUACAGCUUGAACUGUUUUUGUUUAUGUAUGCGAUGUCAUAUUCGAUGCGAUUAGUCAUCACUCAGGACUGGUUCCUUUACAAAUCAUGUUUAUCGAGGUUCAACUAUAAUGAGAGUUUGUGUCAUCAAAUUCUUGAUCGGGACAAUGAGAGUUCAGAUAAAACGGCAAUUACACGGGUUGCAAACAUGUACAAUUUGUGUCUGUUCCUUGUCCAGUUUGUUCCCGCUGGCCUUCUUUCGAUCUUUAUUUCACCUUUUGCUGAUAUCUAUGGCCUAAAGGUACCACUUAUGAUAGCCACAGCCGGAGGAUGCGUUCAGGACCUUCUAACGAUUCUGACAACCGUAACGCCAUCACUCCCAACUGUUCUAACAGCUUUGUGCGCUAUACCGAACGGUAUGACCGGCGGCCUCGUGAUUACCUGCGCCUCUGUGUAUUCACACGCCGCGAGGAACUCGGCGGAAAAUACGAAGACCGUCCGAUUCGCCGUUAUUAUCACAGCGUUGACUCUCGGCUUCCAGUUGGGAAUGUUCGUCAGUGGACAGAUCUUUGCAUUCUCGCACAAGAAACACGUUUCUGUAUUCAUCACCUCGGCCAUCAUUCUCGGCUCCUGCCUUGUAUACCUUUGGAUAGUGGUGCCGCUUGGUGAUGAGAUUCGCAAUGCCACACGUCACGAACUCAUCCGAGAUCUUUGUCGCGUUGACAACUUCACUGAGGGCUUUAAGGCAGUCUUCCGGCAAAGGCCAGGCAGAAAUCGUAAAAAAUUGCUCCUGCUUAUGGCUUCCAUGUGGUUCGUCCUUUUUAAUAGCGAAACUGCACGAAAUAUCAAUUAUUAUUAUACGAAAAAACGCUACAAUUGGAAUCCGACAGAUUUCUCCAACGUUACAGCGGCAUUUGGAAUAUUUCAGCUGGUUGCAACGGCUACUUGUAUCGCUGUGUUUAGUCGCGCUCUUCGCCUGUCAGAUCCCGCAUUCGCUUGUAUUGGAGUGGUAGCAUUCAUGGUGCAAAAUGCUGUGAAAGCAUUCGCGGAUAAAGAACGGCUCUAUUAUCUUGGCUAUACGUUCGGCGUGCCCGGAGGUACCGCGGCUGUCGGUAUUUCUGCGGCUGCCUCCCGUAUCAUCGGACCCUCUGAGACGACGAAAGUGUUUUCGUUCUGGACGACGUGCGAAUCUCUGGUACCGGCCAUUGGUGAUGUGAUAUCAUCUCUAUUGUUUAACGCCUUCCUGGGGGUCUUUCCGGGAUUGCCAUUCCUGCUGGGAGCUGUACUGCAAUUGAUUCCUCUGGGCGCACUAAUCUAUUGUAUUCGACAUCCAGAGAUUGAACAAGACGAGUUCGUACAUCGACGACUGACAUAAGAGCCACUGCGCUGCCGAAUUUGACUUAGUGGCAAAGGUUCCGGCCCGGAGACAGCGGACAUCGAUUACAGUGGUUUACAAACAAGGAAGUAAUAUCAAGCCCCCAAUUGAUGGUAGUAGCUGUAUCCGCCCUUUUUUUUGAUGAUGCUACUGGUGAGUAGAGGGAAAAGCUACAUCGAGGUGUUGAUUGUUUAUUAUGAUCGACUGGAUCAACGACUUCGAGAGACAUGUUGAAGUAAAGAUUCUGCGGCGAGUAGUGGUCAUCACAAACGAACUGAAGACCGGGUACGGCCUGAAUAAAUAAACCCAUUCUGGUCGUGGGUACUUUAACGUAGCAGCAACAUUAGCUGGAUGCAUCCUCUAAAUUCAUCGACAUAAAUUUCAGCACAAAAAUAACUUGGCAUUUUCUUAAUUAGGAAAGGCCAGCAGCCGCCUAGAUUACCUUGCUUUGUCCAUUAGUGUCGCGUAUUUUAUUGUGUUCGAUUAGUUUGGCAAUUAAGUUCCUGUUGAAACCCGCUAGUACUUUUUAGCGACGUUAGUUAAUAUCUAUCUCAUCUCAGUGGAUUUGUUCUGUUCUUUUCAACGAUAUAGAUAUUGCUCAUUGCGAUUGGCAUUUUAUCUGCAAAUACGGGAUAUUAUUAUUGAUUUCGAGCAAAUAUGUUCAACUCUACCGAGCUUGUAUAUGUAGAAAUUCUGUCGUGAUGGUGACGAGAAUAAAAAUGAUGAUAAACUCAACGCGACACGGCGUCAAAAGCACGAGGAGAUAAUCACCAUAGAAUCGAAAUACUAACUAUAACAAUUGAUAUAAACAAGACGAAGAACGUGAUAAAUACAUUCCCAACGGCUGGUAAGGCCUGUCUACAUAUUGUGCAUCUGAUCAAAAUCUGUGUACUCAUCAUGUGAUGUGAUACUUAUAGCAUAUGGAGACAAGUUUGAUAGAUCGAAAAGAAGCCGGUUUACUUAGAUAAAAAGGUUAAAGAAACAGCGCCCGGGUCGCUGCCCGUACAGAGCCUAUUCUAUAACGCGUUUUACUCUUAACAACGCUAUUUUCCGACCUAUUAAUAACCAAAGAAAGGCAUACAUACACUCAAUACGCAGUGAUACAAGAUAAAAAAUAUAGAUAUGUUAUUACUACAAGCUCUAUUAACUGUUGUGUGAAUGUGGCAUAUUGAUAAGCCCAUAUUUUUAUUGCAUUGUCACUAGCUUGGUAUUAGUAUAAUUCCGAGAGCCUAUUUAUACAUGUAUUCAUAAUGAAGAUGUAAAGCAGAAUUUUUCACGGUCUCUUUACAUCCUUCGAAAUGUUUUAUUUACUAAAUCGGAUAUAACUUUAUUGAAUUAUAAGCUACAUAGAUAGCUCCUGAAAGAAAAAUGCUCUUCGGUUGAUAUCAUUACUUCUAUCGUUAUUACUGAUAAUAUGCCUGUUUCCUUCAAUGUAUCUAGGAAUUCUUAUAGACGGAUAUGCCAGCACGAGCUAACAAAAAAAGAUUGCGAAUUGAUGUACUUAAUUGUUUUUUAAUAACCUAAGACAACUUUUCAAACAACUAACUGGCGAAAUACAUUAUCUACCGUACAAAUAUGCACGUGUAAUUAUCUUUAUAAUAAGUCAUAAAUACAAACGUUGCAAAUUUACUGUGAUCUCCAAUAAUUACCAUUUAAUAAUUUCCGUGCCAAUUCAGAUCGAUCCGCUGCUUAGCACCAUUUACAACCUAUUGGCUUCCAGCUUUGCUACUAAAUUUUAUAGGGAAAUAGCAUAAACUGUAAUGAAGUAAAAAAUCACUUAGUCCGAAUCAUCUACAGGCGGGGUCAAAAUGUUAACAGCACUAUCAAUCACAAUUCGAUCGCAACUAAAGAAGACGUUUACUGAUUACUACGUAAUGCGCUGCGUUGGGCUUCGUCCAAUGCAGAUGCUAAAAUCAAUAGCUGAGUUAACUAAAAGCUACAACAUUUUCGAUAAAAAUUAACAAUAAAUGUCAAUGAAAUAACUAUCUUUUUCACUGAGUCUUCCACUGAACAUUUCCAACUAUUUCGUGUCCGUUCUUUAUGCUUAUAAACAGACGAAAAAGAAGAAACGUUGUUAUGACAAAACCAAUCUACUACUACAUCGACGAGUUAUUCGCAAGAAGCGUAAAACGUCGAAAAGCUUGUACGCUUACCAACUAUUCCGCUAUAAUAGAACCCAACGAAGGUCAAAAUGUGUAUUCGGUUCGUAGUCUCAAAAAGCUGAAAACAAAAACGAUUCCCAGAACGAUUUAGUCUUCUUCUGCUAUAAUCUGCCGAACAUAUGUAUACGACUAAAGUUUCUGCCGUCGGAACCGCACUCCUUAUUCAAUAGUAACGUGUGUCUAUUUCUCAAAUCAGGACAAAAUUAUGUUACUAUACAAUAUUAUACGUACAAUAUAGCUAAAAUAAUAUAUACAUAUGAUACGUUAAUGUCUGUUAGUGAAGUUGCUCGCUGGCGGAACGUAUGCUUAUCAGGUCGAUAAUGAAUGGACGAAAAGAUGAUCGUGUGUGGGAUAAACAGAAUUUAAGUAAAUAUAAAAAAUAUAAUUAAAAAAAAAGCUUACCGCAAGUCAGUCUACCAAAUAAGUAUAUUUUAACUAACUAUUGCAUGUAUAUGGAACAGGGGCGCCCUAAUUAUUCUAACACCGUUACCUGUCAGCUAUAUUAUUUUCAGCCCUUUGAAAAUCGGGCUCAAAAAACUGUUAUCAAACGCACCAGGUUACUACAAACAAAUAAAGGGUUUAAC